UUUUUAUUUUUUUUAGAAUUAUGGAAAACGUUAAUCUUUGCAAAAUCUGUCGAACAAAUAUUAUUGAAUUGAUGUCAUCAAAUGGCACAACAAAUAAAAUAAAUUUAUUAGAAUCUUCUUCAGAUAAUUGUGCUUUUUGUUUUGGUUUAUUAUGUGAUGAAGAAUUACACGAACAAAUAGCAAACGAAGCUUUGAGGAAAUUUUUGUUAGAAAAAUUUGAUGGAAAUACUUUUAUUUUAGCCAUAAAUAUGCCAAUUACUCAAAUUUUUCGUGAAACAAUUUUACAAAAAUUAUAUGAUUAUGGAAGAUGGGCACCAGGUUCAAUGUCUCCAAAAGAAUUACUUUCACGUUGUUUAAUGGGGAAAAUAGCUGAGAAAACAAAACUUCGUCCAACACUUAAUUCUGAUUUAAUCUUGACUGUUUCUUUCGAAAAUGAUGAAUUUAUGGAAAGUGAUUUUAAUUUUGCUUUACUAAAUUUUCCGAAUCAAUUUAAUUCUACGAAUAAAAAAAGAAGAAAAUUAAAUAAUGAAAAUAAUAGAGACAAAAAUUAUUUAAAUGAUAAUUCUGAUUUUUCUCAAUUAUUAACUAAAGUGAAAGUUCGUUCAUUGCCAAUGACUAACGAGAUUGCACGGUAA